UCUGCGCUAUUCAAUUUCCAGUCGCUCCUGCUUGUCAUCCUGCUCAUGAUCUGCACAUGCACUUAUGUCCGCGCGGUCACACCAAGACUCAUCGACCGAAACAAGGAGGGGUUUCUCGGUCUCUUUUGGAUGUCUGCUCGCAUAGGGGAACGCCUAUCACCAUAUGUAGCCAUGGCAUGCGUGGCAAUGGCGGUGACAAUACUUAUCCAAUGA